ACCUUUCACAUGGCCGACGACGAGGUGACGACGCUCAAGCGCGAGCUGGAAGCGCUGAGGCUGCAGCUGGAGCAGGAGCGUAAGAAGAAUGCUCCUGUCCAGGGCGACGACAGUAGUGAUCCCAGGCAGGAGCGCAAGCCCGAGCAAGGGGCAACUCAGUGUGACGAGAGCUCCAUGCCGAAGCGGCUAGGUGGCGACAAGAAGGCUGCUCCAUCCUCAAAGGAGCCGCGCAUCUACGUGCAACACGCUGCAGUAGGAGCCCGACGUGGCAAGUGGUGGCUUCGAGACCGCCAAGUGCUCUCGCGCGCUGCAGCGGAUGAAGACGGCACGGUAACUCUGAAAGUGCGAGAGACCUGGGCCUGGAGCGGCCGGACUGUGAUCCUUGACAAGAUUGUGCAACUAGACGAGAAGCUGCGGGCAACGGAGGUGCAGAAUGAGAAACCAGAGAUCGAGAAGGAGGGGCCCGUAGACUCCGAAGACACGACCAAAGUGCCCAAUGUAGCUACUCCCUCUUCAAUGCAGCCAUCCGAGGAGGCAGAAACAAGCGAGACAGCAAACACAGCCGGAAAAGAAACAGUAGAUUCAAUGGUGGCGGUGGAGCAGUCAACAGCAAAGGCAGACGACGAGGUGCGCGAAAGCUCAGCGCCAAUGGUUGAUGCCAUGUAGAACGCAAUGAACCCGACACGAAGGGUGGUGAACUUUAACCUCUUCGAUUCCCAGUGGCAUUAAAUUCAAAUCAGACUCUAAAG